CAGAGGAGCUCUGCUGGAUUUGAUAAAAUGGGCCAUCUUUUCCAGCAUUCUCUGGGGAGCCCACAAGGGCAGCACAGCCCCUGUUGCUCAUGAUGCCAAAAAUGCAAAAGGAUUAAUUACUUUCCACAGUGCCUAUGGGACACCGUCCUCACCCCAAGCCAUUUCCCCUAAUCUAAAUCUCCUCUCAAAGGUCUUAUUUCUCCCAAGGGGAAAACAUGCUCAUGAUGCAAGAGAAUUAACCAUAUUCUUCAAAGCAUCUUGUCGGUUGUCUCGUUAUAUCAGGCACCAGUUUGAACCUGAGGGUGGCAUUCCAUCAUGUACAGUUGGCUAUGUUCCAGCUGUGCAAAAAUCAGAGGUUUGGACACAUCUGACCCUACAUCCAGACAAACUAGGUAUUAUGACAGUUCCAGGACACAUUAGAGCCAGAUGAGCACUUGAGGAGAGUGUGGAACCAGACCAGUGAGGGGUGUAGUCUAAGGAGGAGGCAUGGCCUGUAAAGGGUCACAAAAGCAGGCACAGAAAUUUGGAGGGCCAUAUUUGGUUCCCAAGCCUGAGGUUCCCCACUCCUGCUUUACAUGAAACUCUACUUCCCCUCGGUUAAGUGAGUUAUGGGGAAAACAGCAUGUGAGAUUCUUGGGGCGGAGUAUUCUUUCUUAAAAGAGUAGAGGUGUAAGAUGAAGUGUGCCUCCACUACAGUCGUAGUUGAAGUGCCUCAACUACAGUCGUACCUUGGCUCCCAAACACCUUUGGAGUCGUUUCGGCUCCUGAGCAAUCGAAAACCAGAAGUGAGUGUUCCGGUUUUCGAACGUUCUUUUAGAUGCUGAACGUCCCACGGGGCUUCUGCGGCUUCCAAUUGGCUGCAGGAGCUUCCUGCAGCCAAUCAGAAGCCGCGCUUUGGAAGUAGAGUGUUUUGGAAGUCGAACGGACUUCUGGAAAGGAUUCUGUUCGACUUCCAAGGUACAACUGUAUUGGAAAUGAGAGACUGUUUAAAACAAAUCGUGACUGAUCAAUGCUUCAUUCUUGCCCUUGCUUCUAAAGAAAACAAUUAUCAGCUACAAUUUUUUCAUCCAGUAAGGUGCUUCCAAAACAAAAUGCAGAAAGAUUCAGUGUGGUCUCAAAACAGUAUAAUUUUGCUAUUAAGAACAGGAUAGCACUAUCCUGUGGUCCAUUUUACUGUCAUUUAAAUUGGUACAAUGGUGUUUGUUCUCUUUUUCUGGAUUUUUUAAGAUUAGUUUUUUUUUAUUGUUCACAUCCUUUUAAAAAUAGAAAGGUGAUUUAAACAUUCAAAGCACUUUUGUUACAUUCAUCAUACAACAGCUUGUUGAAAUCAAUGGGUAUGAUUUAACUCUCCCUUUUAAUGAACUCUUCUGUAAAAAAUUAUGAAUUAUAACAUAAUGGGGAAAUAUUUGCUGCUGCAUUGAAUCCAGAAUAUGUAGUCUUGUCUGAAAAGUUUCACAAUCUUCUCUUGCUUUCAUCCUCCUGAAUCACAUAAUUCUAGGAUGUAGACACAUUUCCUUUACUUGUGUGUGUUAAACAGCAAAAAUACAGUAGCUGCCUAUCUACCUGUUCAACCAUUAUGAACUAAUUGGGAGAAAUAAGUGGAUCAGUCUUGAAUGGUUUACUACUGUUCACAUUUGGCUUUGACAAUCAAUGGAAAAAAGAGAAGUUGGUGUUUGUUUGAGUAGGUCAGGUCAGUAGGACAGUUGCUUAAGCUCAGGCAAAUUGAUCAUGACUGAAGGUAGAGGAGAAUUCAAAUAAACUGGGCAUGGGUAACGAGUUGCCACCAUAGAUUGUUUAAUUAGCCCAGUGUUUCUUUAGGCGCUAGGCAAAAAUGUUUCUCUAUAACCAGGCCUUUGGCAGAUUAAACAAUCUAUGGCCUUUUAAAAGCGGUUGUGGAAGCUGGGGUUAUUGGCUUGCUUUCGUUUUGUUUUGUUGCACAUUUUGUGUUCUUAUUUUGCACUUUUAUGUUGUGCACCACCCUGUGAUCUUCAAAUUAAGAGUGGUAUACAAAUUUGCUUAAUAAUAAUAAUAAAGUGUAAUAAAUAAAAGCUUAAGGGUCACUUCAUACAAAAAGAGCAUUAACUGUGGUUUCCAUAAUAUAAAUUGCACCUUCCCUCCCCUCCUCUUCAAAAUGUACAAAACCAAAGGCAUCUCAAUCACUGUUUAUAUUUGAAAGCAAAGAGCACAACUUGCGUAUGUGGAUGUUCUUAAUAAAGACCGCUGUGUGCAUAUUUUUAUACUGGGAAUUGAUCUUAGAGCCCCAUACGGUAUAUAAAUCGGUCCUAACAAAGCAAAUACAGUUUCUCUCUCCAGGCAUGGGGCUAACUAGGCAAAUGGAAAAUGAAGAGGCCAUUCUUUAUUUUACUUAAGCCAUUUAUACCCUACCCUACAAUGUUUCCACUUGCAGGGCAGCUUACACGAAAUAAUAAAAUUAACAACAGUUCAGAAUAUAAUCAGAAUGUGUGUGCUUCAUGAGCUUUGGGACGAGGAAUGGGGAAGGAAACAGAAGCUCUGCAGCACCAUAGCAUUUCUCCCUUGGUCCCUAGCAGCAAUCAGUACAGUGAGCCAUGUCUCAGGCUGUGCAGACAAAUGGAACGCAGCCUUUGAGCAAAACAUGGGAGCUCAGCUUGUAUGAACUUCAAAGAACACCUCAGGAAGCAAUAACAGAUGGCUUGGAAAUAGUGGUGUCACCACGAAGCCUCCACAGUGAGCUGAUGUGUCCCAUUUGUUUGGAUAUGUUGAAGAACACCAUGACUACUAAGGAAUGUCUGCAUCGUUUUUGUGCUGAUUGUAUAAUCACAGCCCUGAGAAGUGGAAACAAAGAAUGCCCUACUUGCCGUAAAAAACUCGUUUCUAAGAGGUCACUGAGACCAGACCCAAACUUUGAUGCCCUUAUCAGUAAAAUUUAUCCAAGUCGUGAUGAAUAUGAAGCCCAUCAGGAGAGAGUUCUAGCAAGGAUCAGUAAGCACAAUAACCAGCAGGCUCUGAGCCAUAGCAUUGAGGAGGGUCUGAAAAUCCAGGCCCUGAACAGGUUACAGAGAGGCAAGAAGCAACAGAUAGAGAAUGGCAGUGGAGCAGAAGACAACGGUGACAGCUCGCAUUGUAGCAAUGCUUCAACUCACAGUAAUCAAGAAGCUGGGCCAAGUAACAAAAGGACAAAAACCUCCGAUGAUUCUGGGCUAGAAUUGGAUAAUAAUAAUACAACAGUUGCCAUAGACCCAGUAUUGGAUGGUGCAAGUGAAAUAGAACUAGUUUUCCGACCCCAUCCUACACUAAUGGAAAAUGAUGACAGUGCACAGACAAGGUACAUAAAGACCUCUGGCAAUGCCACAGUUGAUCACUUGUCCAAGUACCUAGCUGUGAGAUUGGCCUUGGAAGAACUCCGAAGCAAAGGAGAGUCAAAUCAGAUGAAUCUUGAAACAGCCAGUGAGAAGCAGUACACAAUUUAUAUUGCUACAGCUAAUGGCCAGUUUACUGUUUUAAAUGGCUCCUUUUCCUUGGAGCUGGUCAGUGAAAAGUACUGGAAAGUGAAUAAGCCCAUGGAGCUGUACUAUGCACCAACAAAGGAACACAAAUAAGACUGACAAAGGCUUUGAGUUGGAACUGUAAUGGCUUUUAUAGCUUUGGUUUACUUUAAAUAAGCGAAACACCAUCUUCUGCAUCGUGGAGAACUGCUUCAAGACUUGGAUUCCUUGAUGAAAUACCCUUAUUAUUAGGCAGUAUUUGGUGUGAUACUUGUAUAUAUUUUCCCUGCCCCCUGGAGGACUGAAUGAUCGGUACAUUCCACCAUUGCUGUCCAAUCUGCUUUUUUUAUUUGGUAGCUCUUGUUCUAUGUGCACGAUCUUAGGUGCAGCAAAGAUUCCCUAGGGGGUAUGUGUUCAUGGUGGCGGGCUUCCAUCUUGGCAGACAUGUACUAGCACCUUGAGAAGUGUUGAUAAGAGGCAACAGAGUUGGUUGUAACAUACUCUUUUUUCCUACAGCAAUGUUAAAGCACAUAUGGCCAGAGUAGGCUUGCUGAUAAACUGGCUACCUGUGAUGCUAAAGGAACUGCUGAUGCUGGGGGCCAGAAGGGAUAUUCAUGGCAGUAAGCAAACUCUUACACAUUGUUCGUGUAACGAGUUCUUCCAUUUGUUAAAUUUAAAAUAGCUACUUGUAACACCAGCUGUUCCCACACAGGCAGCAACCCAGAGAAUGGGUACUUUCCCACCAGCCCUAGUGCAAUUCCUCUUUCUCAAGUUAUAGAGUAGCCAGGGUUCUCUUGGCUAAGAACCUGAAACACACUUUGCAUUAAGAGAACCAUAGUUAACUUUAGCACAGGUUAAUUUUUGUGUUAAUGUACUGAUUAACAGUUCAGGAGUGAGAGGGGAGGGACUGCAAGGAGGGAAUGUAUGUUUCUGAGGCUGGCUCACAAUUCCACUGUGCUGUGUGGAGCUAGUGUUAUAAUAUAUGCAUUGGCCCGUUAAGGGGGAAACCAUGAAUACUGAUACAUUUUAGAACUAAUAACCCCUCAGGUGGUUUCAAUAUAAAGUACAGUAACUAAAGUAAGGCAAACAUCCCUCUAUACCUGCACAUCUUAUAAAUUUGUGGGAUUAUUGAUGUGGAAUCUUCAGUGUUUUGAAGUAAAAGGCACAGAAAGUGCUGGCACCAUAUCUUUUGCAGAGCAAUGAGAGAGUUUUCUUCAAAAAUAUUUAUUAGCCAUAUUAACAACACUUGGCACUUAGAGUCUUAAUAAAUAAAAUGUAUUUGCAUUUUUUAAUUUCACAUGGGCAUGCUUUCAGUUGUUGGUUGCUGUGGGCAUCAGUAGUGUAUCAUUUUGAGCAUAAUUAUAAUAUACAGUGGUACCUCCGGUUACGAAUUAAAUUCGUUCUGGAGGUCUGUUCUCAACCCGAAACCGCUCGUAACAUGAGGCACGCUUUCGCUAAUGGUGCCUGCCGUGCUGCUGCCGUGCGACUUGCGCUCGCAUUCUGGGGCAAAAGUAGCAACCGGGAGCAUCUACGUCCGGGUUAGCGGAGCUCAUAACACGCAGCGUUUGCAAGGGAGAUGGUACAUAACACUGUAGUGAAGAGUGCCACCAUUCUAUAAGGACGAAGAUCACUUUAUUCCACUGUAAUCCUUUCAUUCCCACUGCAGUAUAUAGAUAUCUGCCUUUUGUAUUGGGAAAGGGAAUGUUCCUAAUUAGGGUUGAGCUUCAAAAUUGCGCACUCAAGUGUCUUGCUUUCCCUUAAUAUCCUGGCCUUUUAGGAAGACCUUCAGAGGAAACAUGGCUUUCUGCUCUUAACUUUCUUUUAGCACUGUCGUAAAAUGCUCCCAUUAUGAAUAUCUCUUCAAUAUCAGACAUUCCAAAAUUAUGCUAGCAGUAUGUGCCAUGAAAUUUACAAUUACAGUACUAGAAGUCGGGGUGGGAAGGGAAGUUGUACCAUGCCUGUUUUGGUUUUGUUCAGUAUAUUUGGUGUAAUGUACAAUUUAUAUAGAUUUCUAGUGCAUGUCCACUAAAUAUAAUCAGGUUUGUUUUUAUGUGAAAAAAAUGCUUUUGUAUGGGCAAAUACCUGCAGAGAAACAAAUUUGCAUUGUGAUUUACCCAAGAUAAUGUUUAGCCCUGUAAGCAGAUGAAAUGUCUGUAAAAUUCUGAAAGCUUAUCUACCUAGGGGAUGUGUGGUGGUCCCAGCUUAGUGUGGGAGAAUGUGAAUUUUUACUUCCAUGUUACAGUGAAUUCACUAAGUAUUUAUAUUUACUUUAAUACAUAAAGUAGCUGUUUUGAUCAAA